ACUUCGGCGGCGAUGAUGAUAAGGCAGAAUCUGUGGUAGGCAACGCCGUUGUCGUUGAGGAAUCUCCCCGCGUUCGGUCUUCUUUCCGCCUUGUCUCCACCAUCAUGAUGGAGGAGAUAGACCGGUUCCAGGUGCCAGCCGUUCGGGCCGAGAUGCAGCCGCUGGAUUCAACAGCUGCAUCUCUUUUGGACAGAGAUUGUGGUACAAGAGAAGGAGAGACUGUAGCCAUGAACUAUAAGCCGUCCCUACUUCAAGUGAAAUUAGAGAAGCAGAGGGAGUUGGUUCAGAAGGGAUCCCUGAAGAACGGCAACAUGGGAAGCCCAGUUAAUCAGCAGCCCAAGAAGAACAACGUGAUGGCACGAACAAGGCUCGUCGUUCCCAAUAAGGGCUAUUCGUCAUUAGAUCAGAGUCCAGAUGAAAAGCCACUGGUAGCCCUGGAUACGGACAGUGAUGAUGACUUUGACAUGUCCAGAUAUUCCUCCUCAGGAUACUCAUCGGCUGAGCACAGGGCAGAAAGUUGCCUUCUCAAGAUGCUACCACCACCCUGCAUGGAUGUUGCCAAGUGUGUGGCAGACACCAUUGUGACAGGAUAGCUCUGCAAGCAAGAUGCAAAAAAGCAUACUAUUAGAAGUUUUGCAUGUAUUUUCAAAGUACUACAAAGAAAAGCAGCACAACUCUGCUUUCCCUCUCUUUACUAUCUUCUGAUGUUGCUUACAUGUGCCAGAAGGCUGCAGAGUGGAGAUUAAUAAAGAGAUUAAACAACUUUGUGGGCAGAUGUUUGGCAAGGAUGUGUUUCCCACACAUUUGGCAGCUGGCUCUUGCACAAUUGACUUCUCAGUCUGCAUGAUGCCACAGAGAAUGUGUGAGAAGAUUUGGUGGCACAACAGCACCAUCCCCUGCUAAUGAAGUUAAGGAACUUAGGAAUGCAACAAGGACUUAAAAUACAGAUGCCAGCCCCUGUGAGAAACCUGCACC